AUGACACUUCCAUCUUCGGGGCCAGACCUCUUUGAUAUUCAAGAGGAUGUUAGAGAUGAAGACCAUCCUGUGUUCCAUGUCAAAUACAGGCUGAACUCUUCUGGUACACUCGAAUCUUUUGAUAAUACUGUACCAGAGAGACUUCCAGUGAUCAAGGUUUUGGGAACUGGAGGAACCAUUGCCAGUAAAGGCUCUACUGCUUUUCAAACUGCUGGUUACCAUGUCGACUUGACCAUCGAGCAUCUUAUUGCCAGUAUUCCUGACCUUACACAUACUUGUGAAUUGCAUUUCGAGCAAGUGUUUAACCUUGACUCCAAGGAGAUCACCACAAGUGACCUUUUGAAACUCAAGGCUAGAACACAAGUUGCUUUGGACAACCACGAUGGUGUGGUUAUCACUCACGGUACUGAUUCCUGCGAGGAAACAUCGUUCUUUUUGGAUGCAACUUUAGACUUUCAAGAUAAGCCUGUGGUUAUUUGCGGCUCUAUGAGACCAUCUACCUCCGUUUCCGCUGAUGGCCCAUCCAACUUGUACCAGGCUUGUGUAGUUGCUGCCAAUAAGCAAAGUCGUGGUCGUGGUGUCCUAGUGACCCUCAAUGAUAAAAUUGGGUCUGGUUAUUACAUCACCAAGAGCGAUGCCAAUUCCUUAGACUCUUUCAAGUCCUUGGGUCACGGAUACUUGGGAAACUUUGUGAACAACGAAGUCCAUUACUACUACCCUAGCUCCAUUCCAACCGGCAGAAUCUCUUUUAAAACUUCGGUUUUUGGGGAUACUAUGCCUGAGGUUAUCGUGUUAUACGCUCAUCAGAGCUUCAACAACGAGUUAAUCACGCUAGCAGUCGAGAGAAUGAAGGUUGCCGGUAUUGUAAUGGCUACCAUGGGAGCUGGAUCUCUUCCUGAUAAGACCAACGAGAUAUUGGGUGACUUGUCGCUGACAUACGGUAUCCCCGUUAUCUACUCGAAGAGAUCCAUGGAUGGUAUGGUUCCUCGUGGAUCAAUGCCAAAGGAGAACAACACUUACUUGAUUGCAGGUGGUUAUCUUAACCCACAAAAGAGUAGAAUCCUUCUCCAGCUUUGUCUCAAUGGUGGAAUGGAUAUCAAGAGAAUUCGUAAAGUCUUCGCCGGUGUGUAUGGCGGAUAA